AAGAAGCUAAAUUGAGGGCAGAAUGUUGUAUAGCAAACAAGGCAAAGUUAUGCUGUGCAUAUUUGAAAAAGUGUGAAAAUUUUAAAAAAUCGUUUUUUAAAGAUAUAGUUGAAGAAAUUCUUGCUUUACUGGUAUCUGAAGACAAAAUUAAUAGUUCUGAAGAAAAUGAAGAAACCAAAGUACUGUUUGAUUUUGUUGCACCUGAACUUUCUCUUCCUAAUUAUAGAUCAAUUGGUGAUCAAAUAUUAAUGAAUACAGCUAAAUCUCUUAAACAAGAUAUUGUAAAAAUUGCAGCAAAUGAUAAAUAUGGUAUUAUAGCUACUUUUGAUGAAUGGUUCAAUAUUAAAAUAGAACAAUUAUGGGCUGAUAUGAUUCGACAUAUAGAAAAAAUGAUGAAAGAUGCAAAAAAAAAAAAUAUUAAAAUAAAAGCACUUGUUUCAGAUUCAGCAGGCAAAUAUGCUGCAGCAAGUGAUAUACUUUAUCAUUGCCAAAAACAGGCAAGAGAAUUAGAUACUAAAAUUCAACAUUUACAUCUCACUACACCAAUUGUUGAAAAUGAAGAUUUAAGUAAUCUUGAAGAUAUAGAUAGUUCUUUUAAAGAUGAUUUGCAAAUUAACAAUAUUAUCGAUAUAGAUAAAAAUAUCAAUAAUGAAGAUGAUUUGGCUUUAAGCGAACUUGAUGAAUCUAAUUCUGAAGAACAAGUACAAGAGUGGAAUAUAUUUAUUGAAGAAUAG